AUGGCGAGCGCCUUAGAACAGUAUGUAAAUACAGUACAAGUUUUUUCCAGUCAAGGAAACUUUACUCUACUAUGUGAGCAUAUCAGUAAAAGUGCAGAAACUCUGGCCAAACAUUUCCAUCAUCUUGACAAUGUGAUGGGCACAUUAAAUGUCCAACAACAUUCACUAGGGAUGUUGGGAAUAUUAUGUGUGAAAAUAAAUAUACCAAAUAUACCUGAUUUUGAAACAUUAUUUGUCCAGACUCAGGAAUUUGUCAAUUUAUGCAAUGGUGAACAAAUUAGAUAUGCUACAGAGAGUUUUGCCGAUUUGCUUCAUAAAUUUGCCAAUAAUCUGAUAGAAAGAAAAACUCCUGUGAGAGGUAUUGCUAUAUUAGCAAAAGGUAUACAGAAAAUACAGUUAUUUCCUACUCAGUUAACAUCAAUACAUGCUUAUUUAUGUCAGUUGUGUUUAUUAUCUAAAAAUAUGAAACCAGCAUUACAGUUUCUAGAUAAUGAUAUAACAGAUAUUAGUAGAGAGGGAGGUAAUUAUGAUUCCAAAGAUUUUCUGCAAUUUUAUUAUUAUGGAGGAAUGAUUUAUACUGCAUUGAAAAAAUAUGAUCGAGCUCUGUACUUCUUUGAAGUUUCUAUCGCUACUCCAAGUUUCGCUGUUAGCCAUAUCAUGAUGGAAUCUUAUAAAAAAUAUAUUUUAGUGGCCUUAAUACUUCAAGGAAAGGUACCUGCCUUACCGAAAUACACGUCACAAAUAGUAGCUAGAUAUAUAAAGCCUUUGUGCCAAGCUUACCAUGAUUUAGCUAAUGCUUAUUCUACCAAUAGACCUAAUGAUUUACGUAUUAUUGUGUCUAAACAUAAUGAUUUAUUUACUAGGGAUAAUAACAUGGGUUUAGUUAAACAAUGUGUUAAUUCUUUAUAUAAAAAAAACAUCCAACGUCUAACAAAGACUUUCCUCACACUAUCAUUAUCUGAUAUGGCCAACAGAGUUCAACUCUCAGGCCCUAAAGAAGCUGAAAAAUAUGUCUUACACAUGAUAGAAGAUGGUGAAAUUUAUGCCACUAUUAAUCAGAAAGAUGGAAUGGUACAGUUUCAUGAUAAUCCAGAACAGUAUGAUAAUUCAGCUAUGUUAUUAUCAAUAGGACAAGAGAUGCAGAAAUGUAUGUUAGUUGAUGAAAAAAUAAAAGAAAUGGACAGAGAAAUAACAGUAAAUCCUCAAUAUGUACAAAAGAGUUCCAGUAUUCAUGAUGAAGAUAUUCCUGGAUCUAUAAAAAUUCCUGGACAUUAGAGUUGAUAAUAGACACCAUUAACUAGUGCUAUAAACAUUGUGUAUAUAAACCAUCUGAGUUAUUUUUCCAUCCUAGUUUGUGAUCUUCUGUAAAUCUUGUAUUUUUGUCAAUAACAAAUUAUUAUAUC